AUCAGUUGGUCACUCAGUUGUUGGUCCCAGACUCAGAAACUUGUAACACCUGUAACACUCCUCUAGCACCUGUAACACUCCUCUAGCACCUGUAACACCCCUCUAGCACCUGUAACACCCCUCUAGCACCUGUAACACUCUUGUAACGCGCUUGUAACACCUGACUGGAAAUGUCAGGUCUGUUAGCGGCUAUAUCAUGUCGUAGCCCCAAAGUUCCUCUAGGUGCCUUAGAUCCCACGCUGUUGUUGGCUCUUCAUUCUAGCUGGCUACCAGGCUUAAGAGGUGCUAGUUCAGGGGUAUGGAUGCAACUAAGGAUCAGUACUGGCACGUUAGGAAGACAAUCAAAAAAUGCACCACAGCUUCAUGGACAACAUUUUCAAGAUACAAGAUCUGCACUUGUUUCAAGGAAUUUGAGAUGGCAACACACCAGAAGUGGCAGGGGUGUUGCUGACACCUCCCUGCAUUUAGCAGCUAAUGAAACUAAAGCUUUAGAUGAAGCUGGUAAAUUUCAAGUUUUGAAUUCUUCUGAGGUUAAAAGGUUAUUUACACUUGCAAAACCUGAAAGGUGGACUUUAGCAUAUGCUAUUGGACUUCUGACAAUAUCAAGUACAAUAACAAUGGCUGUACCCUUUGCUCUUGGUCAUGUUAUUGACAUCAUCUACACAACUGAUGCACUAGUAAUGAAGCAGAACCUGCAGCGCAUAUGUGUAGCUUUAUGUGGUGUCUUUCUGACUGGUGCUGCUGCGAAUUUUGGCCGGGUGUACCUCAUGAAUGUUGCAGGCCAGCGUAUAACACGUACUCUUCGGUCAUCCGUUUUUUCUGCCAUCAUGAGACAAGAGAUAGCCUUCUUUGAUGUGAAUAAAACUGGAGAGCUUAUAAACAGACUCUCUGCUGAUACAGCUGUUGUCUCUCAAUCAUUAACUAUGAAUAUCUCUGAUGGGCUGAGAUCCAUAGUCAUGGCAUCAGCUGGGGUUGGCAUGAUGUUCUAUAUGUCAACUGAGCUGGCCAUAGUGGGGUUGAGUAUUGUCCCUCCAGUGGCCCUUAUGGCAGUGUGGUAUGGUCGAUACGUGAGAAAAAUUACAAAAAGUGUGCAGGACACCCUUGCCCAGUCAACCCAGGUUGCAGAAGAACGAAUUGCCAACAUUCGUACGGUGAGAUCGUUUGCGCAAGAGCCUCGGGAAGUGAAGAGGUAUGACAAAAAUAUUGACAGUGUGCUUCAUAUGACAUAUAAAGAAUCUUUUGCAAGAGGAAUUUUCUUUGGACUGACUGGGCUAAGUGGAAACAUCAUAAUUUUAUCUGUGUUGUACUAUGGAGGUGGUUUGGUGUCUGAUUCAGCCCUCACCAUAGGAAAGCUUUCUUCGUUCCUCCUUUAUGCAGCGUAUGUUGGCAUUGCACUUGGUGGUAUCUCUUCAUUCUACUCUGAAAUGAAUCGUGGUCUUGGGGCAUCUACAAGAUUAUUUAGUUUAAUGGACCGAAUGCCAAAGAUUCCUACAGCUGGAGGUAAUUUUUAUUUUUUUGUUAUUUAUUUUUUUAUUUUCUCAAUAAUUGAAAUAGAUAUUGCUUUAUAAUUCUGUACAGUUUAA